UACACCUGCCGAACAUGACACUGAAGGUCACCCUCAUAUUGGCCUCCACGGUAGCACUGGCUAUCGCCGAAAAGCUCCCCGAGCACAAAAUACCCCGCUCCUACUUUGCCCCAACCCAGGAGCCUGAAUACCCCACAGAACCCCCAAAAUAUGCCUACAAUUAUGACGUGGCUGACGACUACACUGGCGCCAGUUUCGCAGCCUCCGAGUCACGUGAUGGCUACAAGACAGUAGGAAGUUACAAGGUCAACCUACCUGACGGCCGAAUUCAAACUGUCAAAUAUGUGGACAAUGGCAACGGUCUGGAAGCCGAAGUGACUUACGAAGGAGAAGCCAGAUACCCAGAAUACAAGCCAGCGCCUAAGUACAAGAAAACUGCCGCUGCUCCUGCCCCUAGCCAGGUUUACAAGCCUGCCCCAGCUCCCGAUCCUGUCCCCGUUUACAAGCCUGCUCCAGCCCCUUCCUAUGAGCCUGAUCCUGUCCCUGUCUACAAGCCUGCUCCAGUUCCUGCCCCAGUGCCAGGUUACAAGCCUGCUCCUGCUCCUGUCUCGGCAUAUGAGGCUGCUUCUGACGAAGAGCUUGACCCUGACCAGUUCCGAGUCCCUGUCUAUACAACUGCUGCUGCUGCACCUGCCACGAUCUAUAGGCCUACUCUUGCUCCUGCCCCGUACCCUGUUCCAGUGUAUGAGUCUAAUGCUGUUCCAGUACACAAGCCCUCUUCUCGCGGUUCGUCUGGCUACAGACCUGGUGCCAACACUGCUCCAGUUUAUGAUCCAACUACAGUUCUUCAGCAAGGGCCUCUAUACCGACCUCUUCCAACCUUAUACGAGUGAACUCGGGGAUAAUAGUUCUCUAAAAAGGAAUAUAAACUUCUAAACAUUUUAAUUUAUUUAUGCAAUGAAAGAGAGAGAGGUUUUGGUG